CAGCCCUUUGCCUGGAGUUCUACAAUGCUUGCUUCCAGAGGUCUAUUGCAAAGGUCAACCAGGCUAAAGUACAUUUUCCUCGUCAGCUUAGCACAAGGCUGAAUCUCCAUGACUAAUGUCUGCCACUGCCCUCUUCAGUCUGAUCUCUGCAUUUCUCUAGGUGGUGUCUUCACACAGCUGAAUGUCUCUUGGAAAACACCAUUGCCGAUGGUAGUGAGGGAUGUGCCAUUGCUUUUCUCUUCAGUUUUAAUAUUUCUAAUACAACCAAACACAAAAUCAACUUCCUUUUUGCAUUUCUCUGUGAACUGACUACUGAUGAGAGAUGCUGGACUAAGGGUCCUACAUGGGCAAGCUCCGGAGAACCCUGACAUUGGGCCUCCACUCCAGGCUGGAGUGGACUACCUCUGAGGGCAAGACAGGAGUUAAUUUCUUAGGCCCCUUCAAGCUGUGCCCUCUCUGCUGAGAUGGAUGAUCUAGCUGCCAGUUGUAAAGGUGAUUUUGGGAUGCUGACACCUGCCCACUCAGUACUGAACUGGGGCUACUGCCUGAUUUCAGACAGGGCACCAGACAGCCUUCAGUUGGAAACAACAGACCAGAGCUGCAUUGCAGCAACCAAUCUGGCUGUGUGAAAGGCUCUGUAUCCCAUCAGCAACCUUCCCCCGAGCUGUCCAGUUCCCUAAUCUGCACCAUUAAAGAGAGAAGUACAAGUGUAGGAUUUUGCUUCAGACUGAUAGUGCUGACUAGAUCUCUGGUGCACUGUACCUAUUCUGAUCUCAUAACACUGAUGUAAAUCUGGAAUAACUACAUUACGUCAAUGGAGGACAGAAUGAGAAGCUCUGGAUCUAGCCCAGGAGGAGUAAGGGCUGCGGGCAGGAUUUCAGGGAUUACAGAAUAUUCAAGAGUUUCCCCUGCUUGCUGUCCAGCUUCUCCCAGGGCCGUGCACACCUUUCACUGGAAUCCCAAUGCUGUGAUGGCACUGAGGUCAGAAUGCUGAAAUAAAGGAAGGGCCAGGUCCAAUGGUCAAUGUUUCUGGUGGUAACCCUUAUACUCCUUCCUCAGAUCAAGUCUCUGGCAUGCAUUCUCCAUUGCAUGCACCUCAUUUGCCUUCAGAUGGAGUGGGGUUAAAGAAUUUGCAUGUGGGAACUGUGGAAAUUUUGCCCCAGCAAUUUUGCUGCUUAGGUCAGAAUGUACGGAGUCAGCCAGCUGUAGCUGGCACCUGUGUUUUUGUGCUGAAAGGCUCUGAACUGAUGGGCCCCGCCUCCUUCCCUGCGCCUCCUCUAAUCUUGGUUUAACACAACAGCACACGCAGGAAACACCGAGGCUCAAAAGCUCACAAUCAACCCAGCAAGGAAAGAGCUAAAGGCAAAGGGUUAUUUUUCUCCAAGAAACAGCGUGGAGCAGAGUCAGAGAAGGACUUUGAUCCUCAGGGGUAGACUUGCUGAAGCCCAGCUCUGCGCAGACGUUAGGAGGAGAGGAGGAGUGUAAAAUCCAAGCCCAUUCCAGUGGCUUGAUCAAAGUUCCCGUUCAAAGUCCUGUCAGACUUUUCAGGGGGAUUCCGUUUUAACCCUGAUAGUAAUUGAGUCUUUUUCCUUCAACCUUUUCCUUGGAAGGAUGCAGCCUCAAGACACAGGUGUUCAAUACAGCAGGUGGAAUGACAGUAGUCGUGAUGAAGUCAGUGUGAACACAUCCACUGCUGAGGUGUCGGGAUGUAAAAGAAUCUACACUAAGCUGUGCACUGGGAAAAUCGGCAUUGCAGUUAAAGUGGUUGGAGGAAACAUCCUCUUUUGGACGGUUUUUGUCAUUGGCUACGUGACAGGUUACUAUGUGCACAAGUGCAAGCAGAAGUAACAGUGAAAUUCACCGGCAGGACCCCAGGCCUGGAUUUCUCUGGUGCGGUAAUCCCAAACCUCCCUGUCCAGUUCCCACCCCCAAUCAGGCAAGUCACCAAGCAUGCAUGCAAGAUGCAGGAAUCUUCACUAUGUGUCAGAUGAGCACGCAAAAAGGACCAUCAGCAUCAGCGAGGCGCACAAAGCCAGCGCUGGAUGCAGCACGUCUUGCUGCCUACGAGAGAACCGAUCGUACAGUCGCAGCUGAAGGCUCAACAAAGGCAAAGGAGGAACAAGAAAGGGACGUUCUCUCCCUCAUGAAUCAGCAAAAUGUGCUGUUUCCAAAACCUGUCACUGCUGCCAAAAUGCCCUGUAUUGCAAUGAGAACUCCUCCCUGGUCCUGCGGUUUCCAUCCUUACCCCUUAUGACACCCCCAUCAGCAGGGGAUCUGGGUACCGGUUUUGCAUGGGCAUGUUUUCUAUGAGCUUCUUAAUGGCAUCUGCAUACCUCCUGGAACAUCCACAUGCAUGUGAAAAUACCUCCGUUUUGUGAGCACGUAAUGGGUAGCUGUGUGAGCAAACCUGUCACUGGGCACCCAACCCGUUUGUGCACCUGAUUGCACGUGCAGGAGACUUUAAUCCAAAUUCCUUAGCAGUCACUGGAGCCCUUUGUUGAUCGCUGGGUCGACACACACACGCUUCUAUUUGACUAUGACUUUUCCAGGAGCAAGGUGCUGCUCCCUUACAUUUGGGAUCUUUCUCUUUUCAAGCCCUUAUUUUCUAGCCCACACUUUACUAGAGGCUGCGAAUGCAGUGCCUGGAUUCACAGGAUUUGCUGAACCAACCUUUGAAACUUCUUUAUGCUCUAUCAGUCACGUCAGCCAGGAAGAUUAAAGGCUUUUGCACACAACCCCUCUACUAACUCUUCAGGAAGGCUGCAUGCCAGCUCCCAGCGUAGCUGGGUUCAUUAUAAACCAGUGUGAUGGGAACUUUUAUUUUAAUCAUAACCUCACUGGCUUCCCCCUGCAAAGGAACCGGUUGCUCUUUAUAAUCAUGUUAAUGUUUCCUUUAGAAAACUCUCUUCCAGGCCAGGGCUCUCCCACAGCCUGUUUUAUAGGAUUUUCAAACUGUGCAGCAGGCAUGUAAAGCUCUGCAUAUUUCUGCAACAAAGUCAAAUUGUUUUAAACAAUAAAAAGGAGAUUUAAAGCCAA